AUGUGUGGCGGUGCUAUCAUUUCCGAUUUCGCCCCUAUCGUCACCAAGGCCAAGGGUCGUAAACUCACGGCGGCGGAACUCUGGUCCGAGCUCGAUGCUUCCGCCGGCGAUGACUUCUGGGGUUUCGAUUCCACCUCCAAGCUUCAUCCCUCCACCAAACAAGCGAGUGUGAAAAAGGAGGCAACGGAGAAGGAGAAGGAGCCGGCGACGGAGAAACGGAGGAAGAGGAAGAACGUUUAUAGAGGGAUACGGAAGCGACCAUGGGGGAAAUGGGCGGCGGAGAUUCGAGAUCCAGGAAAAGGCGUCAGAGUCUGGCUUGGGACGUUCAACACGGCGGAGGAAGCCGCUAUGGCUUAUGACGUUGCGGCGAAGCGGAUCCGCGGCGAUAAAGCCAAGCUCAACUUUCCAGAUCUUCUUCAUCGUCCUCCGCCGUCGCCACCCCAACGAUCAGCCGAUCAGCCUCCGGCGAAGAAGCUCUGUGUUUCUCCCCAGAGCGAGUUAAACCAGCCGAGUUUCCCGGUGGAGUGCAUUGGAUCCGGGGAUGGGGAUGAGUUUCAGUAUCCGAGUUACGGAUUUGAACCGGAUUACGACUUGAAACAGCAGAUAUCGAGCUUGGAGUCUUUCCUUGAGCUGGACGGUACCACGGUGGAGCAACCGAUUCAACUCGACGAUUGCGUCUCCGAGGUGGAUAUGUGGAUGCUUGAUGUUGAUGAUGUCCUUGCUUCGUAUUAA